AUGGCCUUCAACUUCAACUGGUCGCCGCUGAUGGCGGACACGUCGCGUGCGCGCGAUAUGCUCACCACAGCGCUGAACAAAUCGCCCAAACCGCCGAUCAUCGUCGACGACAUCAUCGUCACCGAACUGAACCUUGGCACGACACCACCCGAAUUGGAGAUCUUGGAGAUUGGCGAUCUCGCAGAGGACAGAUUCCGGGGCAUUUUCAAGAUGUCGUAUACUGGUGAUGCGUUUUUGACGCUCAAAACCAAGGUGCAGGCGAAUCCGCUGAAAACGAAUGACCCGCUAGAGUCGCUGAAGGUGUCGUCCACCUUUGACUCGAUACCGUUCGUGCGAGACUACCUCCAGAAGGAGAUUGAGGGGCAGCUCCGCGUGCUUUUUAUGGAAGAUCUGCCGGCUAUUAUACAUCGACUGUCGCUGCGAUUGUGGUCACCCGAGUAUCAAGCAGAAGAGAGGCUCGAAGGCAACAACGACGAUACCGUACCGAUCGAUCCCCUCGCGACGCCACCCCAAGAUGCCGUCGAUGCAUUCGGCAACCCUCUGAACGAAUCGCAGAUAUCCGCCUUGACGCUGGACACGAGUGGCGAGGUACAUGCGUCAUUCUCGCAGAAGAACAUUCUGCGGUUGGCAGCACUGUCCGAGUCGCAACACACUCUAUCGCUCUUCACACCUGGCAUACGCGAUGCUGUCUUCCGUGCGUGGGCCGGUCAUCCGGACAGGACAGAGUCUGGUCUCGCUACGCCUGGUCUUACACAGGGCAGUCUGUGCCGGAUACAAUCCACUUUUGGCAGCAUGAAGUCGGGCGCAUCAUCCGUCGCUUCCGGCAGCACAGGAAAUGACACACUCAGCUCGCGACCAUCGCUCACCACGUCGCACUCCAUGUCCGCCGGGCUGAGCUUGGGUGCGAGCCGGUCACGGACUGGCCAAGUACGGAAGCGCAAGAAGCGCGUCGUCGACCUCCGAAAACACAAGGAUGGCGUCGACUCUGGCGUCAACACGGAAGCCAACACCCCGCUCGCGAGCGCCUAUGCCUCCGAGACCUCGAGCGUCAUCCACGAAGAGCCCGAGAUGGAAGCCGAGCUCGCCACACCACCACGCACACCUGUCCGUCCAAGUCGGCAUUUUGACGGCAAGCAUGGGAGUCUCGAUGUUGGCGCACCACGCAGUCCCACCGACUCACUCCUCCCCGCUGCACCCAUAAGCUCCAAAGCGAAGCAGCACGAGACACCACAGCAAUCUAGCUCUACACAAGUUGAAGACUUUGCUACACCUACACCUACAAAGUCAUCGCGUCCCCGGCCCCCACUUUCACGCACUUCGCUCCGCCAAGCUCAGCAAUCGACAUCUCCCCUCCUCCGAUCAUUGAGCUUCGACAAAAUCUCAGCAGUGUCGAGCCCACCACAAGAAGAAGCAAGUGGCAGUGGAGGCAUUUUAGAGCAAGCGUGGAUGAUGAAAAUGGCACAAGAAAUCGCGAGAAAAGUACAAGAGGAGAAGGAUAAAGCCGACAGGCGAAGAGAACGAGGGAGUAAGGGUGGGAAGAGCAGUAAUGUGAACGGAGGCAUUUGGGCUGGCGAUGAAGAUGUCGACGCGCCGCCUGCGUAUGUUGCGUAGUUUAAUUUGAUGAAUUGAUGGGACAUGAAUUUAUGACGACGGGCGCAUUACGGUAAUAGUCUUUGGGAUUCGGAAACAAGGAAAAGCUUCGACGGAGGGUUGUUGUUGGUCGUAUCGACUUGGAGUAUCAUUGGGGGUAGAAUUGGAUGGCUAGCGCUCGCUCGUGCGUGUACAUAUGGGGAAGGGAAGGGAAGGGAUGGAAUGGAAUCUGGGCUUAGAGGUUAAUACCCUACUUUAUCGCUAUCGCUACUUUUACAGCAAAUUGAGAACAUAUCAAAAAUAAAUUCGCAUGCCUCUAGGA